CAACCGUUUCACAAUCGGAGGCAGAGUUUACAGCGCCGUGCGAGUCGCAAAACAGCGACAAAAAAUAUGAAAAAUUUCGCCACCAGUCAGUCAGGUUUCAGCCAACGGCGCGUGUAGAUCUCUGCUGUCGCUUUUCCCCUCCUAUCAAAACGUGCCCAAAUCGGCAGUCGUGUGUAGGCUUAGUACGGAUUUAUAACAUCACACAAAGGGAAGACAGAUGACGAUGACCGGUUUGUUUAAGCUGACUUCACCGCUGGUGCUGCUGCUGUUGCUUGCCACCAUCAUCCCUGGAGGCGUUCUCGGACAAAAUGAAAACGAUACGGAACUCGAGAGUAAUCAGAAUGUGACUUAUGGCUGUUGGAAUUGCAUCUCCAAGUACAAAACUUGGGUCGACUGUCAGAACAGCAACGAGAAGGAAUACUGCGAGACGGGUGAUAUGAACCCGGAUGAGGUGGCCUGCAUGAAGAGUUCGGUGAACAUCCGGAUUACGGAUGGGGAUUCGUACUUCUAUCGAAUCGCUGGCUGCGCCAUGAACGAGAGUGCUCUGCAGCAGGCCUAUCUGGAGCAGUUUGAGGUCACUUUCAACCAGACGGGUGACACCAACGUGACACUGGUGGAAUUCAGUACCUGCCGGGGUUCACUGUGCAACGUAAUGGAUGAAGAAGCGCUGCUGCGGGGACCGGUUCGAGUGGUGAAGCUGAACGUGAUUGACGUGAGCAGUGGGGCUCCGCUGGGUAGGCAGUUUGCGGUACCGUGGCUGACGCUGCUGGUAGGCGUGUUCGGAUUUUGGCUAGUUAUGUAACGUGGUUCGCGGAGCAUUGAAUCCAUUUAAAAAGUGUAAAUAACUUGCCAUAACAAUAGUUUUUUUUUCUUAAGUUCAUCUGAGUUUACGUUCGUCUAAAGCAGACGAUCAAACACCGGAAGAGAUUAAAGCUUCGAAACCUUCAAAACUCGA